AUGCAGGCGUAUAAAGGCAGAGAUGAGUCUUCCCCUAGGGCUCAGUCUGGGACAGCGCCGGCAGUUUUUGGCUGCCAUAUGGAAGAUCACACCAAGCACGUCCAGCCCAUCCCGCUCCCAGCCAUGCAGCAGAACUUGAACUACGUAUACCCCCAGAUCUUUUGGGUGGAUGGCUGUGCCAACAACAAUACUUCCUGCCCCCCGGCACCCCCCGUCGCUCCUUUCCCACCACCAGUACCUGACCGGAGGAGAAAGCCAAGGAACAACAGAGAAACGAGGAGCGUCGGCUUCCUGGUGAUCCCCUUGCUGAUUCUGCUGGCCCUCACUGGAGUGGGACUGAGCAUGUUUCAGAUUUUCCACCUAGAGAAGGAACUGGCUGAACUCAGAGAGUCCAUCAGCACUGAACGCAUUCCUCCAGCUUUGGAGAAACUCAUAGGGCAGGAGCAGUCAAUGAAAAAGGAACCAAGAAAGGCAGCACACUUAACAGGGAACCCAGCCCAGCGGGACCUCCCUCUGGAGUGGGAACCCAUCUCUGGCCAUGCUUUCACCAACGGCAUUCAGUACCGUGAUCAGGGCCUUGUCAUCAAUGAGACUGGCCUGUACUUUGUGUAUUCCAACGUGCUUUUCCGGGGCAGCGUCUGCAGCAGCCAGGUGUUGACUCACAUUGUCUACAAGAAAAACCCGACCUCGCCAGGCAGCCACGUGCUGAUGGAGGACAAAGGCAUGAACUACUGUACAAGUCAGAAAACGUGGGCCCGGAAAAGCUACCUGGGGGCUUUAUUCAAGCUCAGGAAGAUGGACAGUUUGUACGUCAACGUCUCCAAAAUCGCUCUGGUUAAUUUUGAGGAAUCCAAGACAUUCUUUGGCUUAUUUAAGCUUUAAAUGGGAUUGUUGGAUCAUGGCUGGCAGCCCCACAAACACACACUAGGA